AUGCUCGUUGCGUCCCGGUCCCUCCUGCCCUCCCUCUCCAGACCCAUCUCGGCAGCACUGCGACCUUCGUUCCUUCGCCCUCGAUCCACCUUCAAUACCAUCGCAGCCUAUACUGCAAGCAAAUCCUUGCGUACCAUGUCCAACGUCGCUCCCGGUGUCGCUCCGGACGCUCCGGCUCCGUCGGCCGUCUCGAAUCGCCCCGAUGUCAAGCGCGACGCCCACCCCUUCUCCCGCGGCCAGCUCGAGGGUCUCAUGACGAAGCGCUUCUUUUACAUCCAGGCCUUCGAGAUCUACGGCGGUGUCGGUGGUCUGUACGACUACGGCCCCACCGGUGCCGCGCUGCAGGCCAACAUCAUUAACCAGUGGCGCAACCACUUUAUCAUCGAAGAGGAGAUGCUCGAGCUUGACACCACCAUCAUGACCUUAGCAGACGUCCUCAAGACCUCCGGCCACGUUGACAAGUUUGCCGACUGGAUGUGCAAGGACCUCGAAAACGGCGAGAUCUUCCGCGCAGAUCAUCUCGUCGAAGGCGUGCUCGAGGCGCGUCUCGAAGGUGACAAGCAGGCACGCGCCAAGGAGGCCGGGAAGACCAUCGCCGUCCCCGCCGAGACUACUGGCUCGGACGAUAAGAAGAGCAAGAGGAAGAAGGUCAAGUCGUCCGCGAUCAAGCUCGACGAUGCGCUCGUCGCAGAGUACACCUCCACACUUGCGAAGAUCGACAACUUUGACGGCAAGCAGCUCGGCGAGCUCAUCCGCAGGUACAACAUUCGCUCGCCCGAGACCGGAAACGAGGUCUCCGAGCCCAUCGAGUUCAACCUCAUGUUUGAAUCGUCCAUCGGUCCCACCGGCCAAAUUCAGGGCUACCUCCGUCCCGAGACCGCACAGGGCCACUUUGUCAACUUCCAGCGUCUGCUAGAAUUCAACAACGGCCGUGUUCCUUUUGCCAGUGCCCAGAUCGGCAAGUCGUUCCGUAACGAGAUCAGUCCGCGUGCCGGUCUCUUGCGUGUGCGCGAGUUCACCAUGGCCGAGAUCGAGCACUUUGUCGACCCGGAGGACAAGAACCACGAGCGCUUCGACGAGGUCAAGGACAUCAAGGUUCCGCUACUCGCCAAGGACGUCCAGGAGUCUGGAAAGACUGACAUCACCAUCAAGACCAUCGGUGAGGCCGUCGCGGCUGGCAUCAUCGACAACCAGACGCUCGGUUACUUUAUCGGACGCAUCUACCUCUUCCUCGUCAAGAUCGGCAUCGACGCCACCCGUCUGCGAUUCCGACAGCACAUGAGCAACGAGAUGGCCCACUACGCUAGCGACUGCUGGGAUGCCGAGAUCCACACCUCCUACGGCUGGAUCGAGUGCGUCGGCUGUGCUGAUCGCAGCGCCUACGACUUGACCGUGCACAGCAGAAAGACCAAGAAGGACCUCGUCGUGCAAAAGGCGCACAAGGAGCCCAAGGUGUACGAGGCGCUCGUUCCCACCAUUGUCAAGAAGAACAUUGGUCCCAAGUUCAAGAAGGAUGCCAAGAUCGUUGAGGAGGCCAUUCUCGAGAUGGACCAGAAGAAGCUCGCCGAGCUUGAAUCCAAGCUCAAGAACGGCUCUGCGCCACUCACCGUGUGCACUGGUCAGACGUUUGAGCUGACCACCGAUGUGGUAACGGUCGAGUUGAAGACCAUCCGCGAGACGGUGCGCGAGUUCACCCCCAACGUCAUCGAGCCCUCGUUUGGUAUCGGACGUAUCUUUUACUCUUUGCUCGAGCACAGCUUCUGGACACGUGCCGAGGACCAGGACCGUGGUGUGCUGAGCUUGCCACCGCUCGUGGCGCCAAUCAAGGCAUUGAUCGUGCCCAUCAGCUCCAACGAAAAGCUCGCACCUCUCGUCAAGCAGGUCAGUCGCAAGUUGCGUUCCGCCGGCGUCGCAUCCAGGGUCGACGACUCGAACGCCAGCAUCGGUCGUCGCUAUGCACGAAACGAUGAACUCGGAACUCCCUUCGCCUGCACGCUCGACUUUGCCAGUUUGAGCAAGGGCACUAUGACGCUUCGAGAACGCGAUUCCACUGCUCAGCGCAUCGGCCCCAUCGACGAGGUCAUCGACGUCAUCCGCCAGCUCUGCGACGCCAGCCUCGACUGGCAGGGAGCAUGCAAGAUCCUGCCCGAAUACUCUGGACAGCAAGACGUUGAGGCUUAG